AAGAUUUCCCACAACCCCUUCACUCCUUUUACUCCAAAAAGGAAAUAAUAAAAGAAAAAAAGAAAAAAAAAUUUAAAAAUAAAAGCCUGCAAUAGAGUGCAGGGGAUCAGAACCCAAUGAAAGAAAUGGGUUUCUUAUUUGCAGCUGCCUUAGUAGUUCUCUCCAUUUUUUCCCUCUUCCUCCACCAAACAAAUGCCCAAAUUUCCAACAAUACCCUUACCUCCGUCGCCGGAAACCUCGCCGGAAAAUGCAACCUCUACCAGGGGAAAUGGGUAUUGGACUCUUCUUACCCUCUUUACGACUCUUCCACUUGCCCCUUUGUAGAUCCACAGUUCAAUUGCCAAAAGUAUGGCCGUCCCGACAAGUCGUACCUCAAGUAUCGGUGGCAGCCCUUCGGGUGUGGGAUUCCCAGGUUUAAUGGGUUGAAUUUUUUGGAGAAAUGGAGAGGGAAGAAGAUAAUGUUUGUGGGAGAUUCAUUGAGCUUGAACCAGUGGGAAUCAUUGGCUUGUAUGAUUCAUGCAUCGGUUCCUAAUUCAAAGACCACAUUUGUUAGAAGAGAUGCUCUUUCUUCUGUUACUUUUCAGGAUUACGGAGUGGAGCUGUGGCUGUACAGAACGCCGUACCUAGUGGACAUGGUGAACGAGAAGAUCGGCACAGUUCUAAAACUUGACUCUAUAAAGAGCGGCAACGCUUGGCGAGGAAUGGACAUGCUCAUCUUCAACACUUGGCAUUGGUGGACUCACACCGGAAGUUCUCAGCCGUGGGAUUACAUUCAAGAUGGAAACAGAGUAAUGAAGGACAUGAAUCGUUACGUAGCCUAUUACAAAGGCCUCACCACAUGGGCUAGAUGGGUUAAUCUCAACGUCGAUCCUUCCAAAACCACCGUCUUCUUCCUUGGAAUCUCCCCCACCCAUUACAUUGGCAGAGACUGGAGCCAGCCCACGAAAUCCUGCUCCGGCGAAACAGAGCCUUACUUCGGAGGAAGGUAUCCGGCGGGAACGCCGAUGGCUUGGGUGGUCGUCAAUAAGGUUCUGAGUAGAAUCAAGAAGCCGGUGGUGUUUCUGGAUGUGACCACUCUGUCUCAGUACCGGAAGGACGGUCAUCCGUCGGGGUACAGUGGCGAUCACCCCGGCACCGAUUGUAGCCAUUGGUGCCUUCCUGGGUUGCCGGAUACGUGGAAUGAGCUGUUGUAUGCGCAUCUCUUUGCCUGAGAGUUUCUCUAACCGAUUCACAGAUUUCUGUUUGUUUUCUCUUUUCUAAUGAGUAGGGAAGAAGAAGAAGAAGAAUGAAGAAAGAAUAAGGAUUAGAAAUUAAUUUGGUGUUGAUUAAUUUAAUUUGUAAUUGUAAAUUGAAUUGUUGUUUGUUGUAAUUUGUAAGGGUAUAGCUCAAGAUUGGGUUUGAGUUUUAAGAAUGAAUUGGAUUUGAGGAUUUACAUAAACACCAUUAUUUCAACUUCAAAUUUAAA